AUGGUUCUUCCUGCGCACAUCGAUUAUACACUGAAACUACUCCAGUUUUAUAUAUUAGCUGUUUUUAUCGUUACAAAGACUGAUCAACAUCAAAAUAUACAAAAGGAAGUAAUACUCUUCAAAUCCUUAGAGAUUAUGCCAAUUUGGUUAAUAAACAUUCCAGCACUAUAUGGAAGUACAGAUCAACAACAAUAUAACCAAGAACAAAAAUGGCGGCAAAAACAUCAGUAUGAAAGACAAGCAAACAAUUCCAAAAAUAGUAGAUAUGAUCAAGGCAAAAGCUGUAACCAUUCCAGUCAGCCUGGAACAAAAGAAGAAAAAGAGGGAAUUACUUCUUAUCACUCAACAAAUGUAUCCAAAGAAACAUUUCUGAAUAACAUUCAUCAGACUGUUGAAAGUUUAUCACAUUUAAGUUAUCCUACGGUUAAGCCACAUAACAAUAUUCCUCAAACUAAUUAUUAUCAAAAUAUUUCAUCUUAUUAUAAACCAGUAAAUGAAGAAUCAAAAAUUUCUCAAGCUCUUAAUGGGCAUGAAGUUCACAGUGAUUGUUAUGUCAAUAUGGAUGGUAGACAAGAAAUCCCAUGUAUACUAAAUCCUUAUCCACUCUACAAAAUUAUUAAAAAAUUCCCUUAUGUAGAUGUAUAUAAAUUUUAUCAUAAUUCUUAUAAAAAUUUAUUUCAGCCUCUUAGUGAGAAACAAAACACUGUCAAAAUGAUAUUAUAUUAUGAAACUGGACAAUAUGCCUACCUUCCAUGUCAUACACUAGGCGCCAAAGAUAGUGAGACAACUAUUUGGGAAAAAGGACAAAAUCCUUUGUUUGUAUCUACAGUCAGUUUUACACAAGACUCCAGAUUUCGCCUGAAUAUUAGCGAUGAACAGAAACUUAUCAAUCAACCUUAUAACUAUUAUACUAAAAUGGGAGUUUCAGAAAAUGUAAUCAAUAAUCCUGUCAAAAAAGAAAAACUACCUCUUCAGCAUAAUUAUUUUCAAUCAUAUAAUUUAGGAAGUAAAUGGAAACACAGUCGGUGGGAUUUAAUAAUUGACUUUCUGCGACCAACUGAUUCAGACACUUAUACAUGUAUGCUUAUGGGAAGGACUUCACAAAUGAUACGUUAUCAUGUGGUUGUGAAUGAUUCAGUCCCAAGAAUCAAUUACAGUCGGAAAAAACUAAUUUCUAUCUCAUCCCUCAAUCGAUCUACGUGUAACGAAGGACCAAUCGGGAAUGUUCUGUCCAAGAAAUCAGAGUUACAGUCAUAUACUACAACGAAUCCAAAUGUAACUGCUGUAGUCAGUCAACUUGCACAUUCAUUUCAACAAGUAACUAGUAGAACAUCAAUGGGAGUUACGAUAUAUAAACAAGUUACCGGUGAAUCAAACCACUACUAUCGUAGUGAAGUACUUCUUACUGUACAGUCAUCUAGUGAAAAAGAUGGUGGUCUUUAUGAAUGCAGAGUUUAUGAAGCUGCAAAUUAUGGACAAGAACAUAUAGUGGACAGAGCGUUUUUGGAUUUAAUCAUAAGAAAAAGGUAUCCUCACAAUUCAUUUGAACAGUCUGAAUUAAAUGAAAAAUUACGAAAUCUUUUAUCAGUAUUUUGGAAAUUAAAUCCCUCCACACAAAAUGACAAACUUCAUGAUCAAUACGCACAGAAUGAUGUGGCAACGAGAGUAAAAGCAAGGUAUACGGCACAGGAUAAGAAUCAAAGAGCAGAUCAUAUAUUCCAGUCGCUGAACAACGACAAUAAAUAUCCCUUAAGUGAAAAUAAAAUAAAGUUCAGUUUAUUAGAAUCACAAAACCCACGUAUGAGAAUUAGAACUAUCGGAAAUUCAAUGUCUCAUUUAUUUUUUUAUAGAAUACUGUUAGAUAUUCCUGUAAUUUUAAACAUAUUGCUGGCGGUAAAUUAA